AUGACUGAAAUGUAUUCUUAUUAUCGAUCGACGUGCCACAGCACUGCAAUUCAAAAGAUUCUACGUGGAUCCUUAUCUGCUCAGAAUGCAACCGAGAUCAUAUUCAUCAAAGGGAGCUCUAUUCAAGUAUUGACUGUAACGCCAAGUGCUACCGCCAAUGACAUAAAUUUGCUGACAUCUGAAUUUGAGCAACCUGUUUUUGGCACUGUUGGUGAUGCUCGACUUAUGCGUUGUCAAUUCAGCGACGUUUCCACGGAAAAUCAAGAUGAAAUUUUGUUGGAUGACUCUGAUAGUAUCUCUGAUGAGCCAUUUGUGCUCAAAACAAGACCUGGGCAUCCAACUAUCCGUGGCCAAGAUGUUGUAGCAGCUGUUUCAGAAUAUGGAAAAUUAGUAUUCUGGACUCUUACAACGGCUGAAGACUCCAACUCUUUAUCCCAAACAGGGCGCUUUGAAACACUGGCUGAAUUGACAUUAGAUACCCCUGGCCUUGAGUACACAAAAGUGGGCAAAAGUCUUGCGAUUGAUCCAUUUUCCCGUGUGAUUGCUGUGUCCUCUUACCAAGAUCGACUAGAUGUUCUCAUUAUGAGUGAAGCUAUGUCUAGAACAUGCUUUGAUCCUGUGGCAGGGAUGGGAACUGUAAUAGAGGAAGGAAUAAUCUGGCAUAUGGAGUUUCUCUAUACACACACCGAUUCGCCUGACAGAAUAUUAUUGGCACUCGUAGUGUACAAUGAUGUAGAAAGAAUUUGUCGUAUGGUAAUAUAUGCCAUAAAUACGUCUAACCCACACAGUGUUGGGAUCGAGCGAAUUGGAAGACUCCCGCUCGAUCGAAAUACCCCUUUACCUGUUCUUUUGAUUCCUUUGGAGUGCCUGCCAGAAACAUUUAUGCUUGUUACGGAGCAGCAUGUGUGCGUCUUAACCGCUGAUGAUAUAGCAUGUGGCAAUGUUAUGUAUCCCAGCAGCCCUUUACCACGAAAAUCUAACGAGACAUUUUACCCGCUUUUUACCGCAUACUCAUUACCUACUGACCCAACUGAAAAAUACAUAUAUCUUGGUACUGAAGACGGUCGUAUUUAUCAUCUUGAUAUAUCCUCGCUAGAGGAUAUGAAGUGGACACUAGUAGCCCAAGUAAAUCCAAUUGGACAAUCAAUGUGUGUCAUAUCUGCGAUGACGAUGACUCAAAAGGAUGGCUCGGAACUUCCUGUCGAUGUUAUUGUGUACAGUGGCGAAGGAGUUGAUAGUCAAGCUAUUGCAGUAAAUCAUCUUAAGCUUGAUCAGAUAGUCUCUUCUGAUUUCAUUUAUCAAGAUAAUUCUGUGGUUAUUCAAACAUUUACCAACCGGGCACCCCUUAUGGACUAUCACGUUAUGCACGAUGAAAUAGCAAAGCAGGACAAACUAAUAACGUGCGCAGGACAAGGAAAAAAUGGAGCAGUAAAUGUUAUCUCUCAAGGAUACCAAGCUACUAGUAUUACUGAUCCGAGUCCAGGGUGGGAAAGAUUCACAAAUAUGUGGAGUGGAAUUGUAAAUAUUGACGGCAUAGAGACACAUUGCCUGACUGUUUCGUUUAUGUCAUGUACAAAAGUAUUAGCUGCACAAAAUGGUGAUUUGGUCGAAAUAACAAAUCAAGUUUGCGCCAAAGAUGACAUAAAGACUGUUUUUUCAGAUACAUUUAUCAUAAACCAAGCUCCAAUGAUGAUUCAGAUUUACGACGAAGCUAUUUUAAUCAGUAGAUGUGGAAAUAACAUAGAUUAUGAUCAAUGCUUAAUAUGGACACCCAAAGAACUUGGCUUGCUCAACAACUAUGCUAUUCGAUUUGCUACCCUGUGGAAAAACGAGAGAGAGGAGAUAACUGUAACCCUAUGCUUAGACUAUGGAGAGAAAUAUUUCCUUCAGAGUUUACUAAUUUUACAACAAGAUGAAAGGAUAUUUAUUCAGCCUUGUGGAAACAUAGAGAUACAAAUGGAGCCAUGUUGUCUAGAGCUUAUUACAAUUGGAGAUCCUACAAACCUACGGCGUGUCCUUGUUGUGGGAACUUUUGAAACUCUAUUAAAUUUUUAUAUCGUAAAAGAUUCCGCAAUUAACCUUUUACACAGUGAAAACUUGGCUCUCUCACCAGCAGAAAAAUUUGCGGUUCCAGGAUCAAUAAGCUUAAUAGGAUCUUUUGAUAAUACCAGCAACACACAACAUUUAUUAGUUGGGCUGAGGCAGGGAACACUACUUUGUUACACGCUCAAUCCAUAUGACAUGAUACUGAUCAAUUCACCGCCUAUUGUUCGAAAACUUGGCUUAAGCGCUGUGUACCUUGUACCAACAAGAUCAUGCGACCAUGUAUUCGCACGCUCAAAUGCACUGUGGAAAAUUGAAAUUAACCCAGGAUCACUGUUUUCAUUUGUUAUUGAAAAAGUGUUACUUCCAGCUUUUGAAUUCAUUAGUUCAAUUGUCAUCUUUGAUGCUGGUCUUGCUUUAGGGUGGUCAUCACAAGCAGAAAUGAUAGCAGUAGUAGCUGACCAGCAGUUUCACAUAUUUAAACUGGCUGAGUCCAGUCGACCUAAUGUACAACGUAUAUCUCUGGGCGAGACUCCUCGUAAAGUGCUUUAUGACGACGCAAAGAAAUAUGCCAUGGUUAUCACAACAGCACGUAAUAGAAAACCUGGGCUACAACUAGUAGACACAUCUAGUGGAAAGCUACUAGGAAAGACGCAUAUGUUGUUAUCUGAUAAAUCAUAUGAUAGAGACACUAUCGUAUUGUCUACAGCUGAGUAUCUAACACACUCUCUUACUGCAGAAUGGAAAGUGCCACAUCGUGGUCGUGCGUACAAGUAUCUGUGUGUUGGUAUGGGACAUCUCCGAGACUCUCCCGCAUUUAGCCGAGCCCAGUCGUCAGAAGAUAAACCAAGAUCAAGUACUACUGGAUCCCUGCACCUCUAUCGCAUUAAAGAAACAUUUCGCUCAGAUACAAGUGCGUUAGGAAACCAGCCAAUGUAUACUCUACAUCCAGUAUGGAACCAGGAUGGUCUCUCUGAGGGUGUAUAUGCUAUAUGUCCUCACUCGGAAGGGCUUUUGUUUUCAACAGGAAAUGUACUUCAUUUGUACCACCUUGAUCCUGUCAAAGGAAGAUUGGUCGAAAUUACACGCAAGACUUCGCGUUCUUUUAUUACAUCCAUCAAUGUAAUAGGGGAUCGUAUAUGUGUCACUUCUCACACGGAGUCCAUAUCGUUCUACAUAUUCAACCGACAAACUAACCAGCUUGAAUUCUCCAAAAGCGAUCCUAUUUCUCGUUCAAUUCAUCACUUGCUUAUGGUUAAUAGCCGUAUAGCAAUUGGUAUGAAUUACUCUGGAGGAAUGGUCGCACUCUUUGAUGAUCCAGAUGACAAGUCUUUCGAGCAGCGCCUUGUCAAAUUAUUCUCUUUCCAUUAUCCCGACAUCAUUAUCCGACCAAGCUUUGGAACAUUAAAAGCUACAUCACUCUUCUAUCAUAGCCAAGAAAGGCUUGCUGGUCAUAUAUUGGCUUGGACAGAAGGGUUCGACCCAAACGAACCAUGCCACACAGAACCUAUUUUUGGCUGUACGAUUGCAGGGGGAAUUGUCACUAUAUAUCGUAUCAGUCCCUCCCUUUAUGCUCUACUAUUCGCUCUUCAAAAUCAACUUCUUCGAUAUGGGCCCACAUCUCCUCUUCUUGGUUCUUGGCGUGAUUUCUGCAAGUGGUACAGCCGUCUUUCUGGAGGAGAAUAUCAUGCAAUUCAUGGUGAUCUUAUCUCUCUCUAUAUGCGUCUCUCUUCUCGUGAACAACGCAUACUGGUAGAGAGCAAUUCCACAGGUGAUAUUCUCUGUUCCGUUCAGCCUUUUCUUAAUUCAUCGGAUUUGGUCGCAUUGUCGUCUCAAUUCGAUCAGAGUCAAUCAGAUAUUGUCGCAGGGGUUCUUCGAAAGCUAGUGCAAGAAUUGGAGUGCUAUUGCUAA